CCCUGCCUGGCUGCAAUAGGCUGUGUGCAGUGAAUAAGCCCAGAAUGAGCAGGCAGGUUGGGGCUGGGCUAUGUGCAUGGGGAGGAGAGCAUGUGUAGACUGGGCUGGAACAGCCUCUGGUUAGGCAGGUUCUCCCUCUUUUGUCUGCCACUGUGUUUUCAAAAAGCUUUGGAAGUUGUUGACUGAGGCAAAGCAUUACCAGCCUGGACUGGACACAGGAGGACAACUUCCCCACAGGACCUCCAGUCCCGUAGACUCACAAGGACCUUCAGGAGACCAGGGGAUGAGCACAUACUCAGAUUUUAUCCUGAAUGACCUGCGGUGACCUCAUCAGCAAUCUGCCCAUAGUCUGCCCACUCUUCCCUGUCCUAGCACCUCAGGGGUUAAAGAAAAUAGCACCUCUUACAUUUUCCCAGCUUGAUAUAUUGAUUUUUUUCUUUCUCUUCUUGACCAAGCAGCGUGUCCGUACGUUUUAUGCCUGAGAGGCCCAAAUACCAACACCCACCCUGUAACGUUUAUUGAUAAAAUACCUCAAGCUACGUAUUGUCCGGAUGUAGUUGUGCGAUCAUGUCUUCGAUUGGUCUUCAUUAAUAAUUGACAUGGAUGUAAAUGCACACCGCUUCAUUCUGAGCCGCUUCACUGCAGGAACUAUUUUAAGCCAGUGAUAAAAGGACGAGAAACCUUAGAUCCACAUUUUCCAUUACACGGAUCUUGGAACGUCUUCCCAUCUUGAUGAUGUAGAAUGGUCUUGAAAGUGAAGGUAGGAAGCAGCUGCUCCUCUGUCUACGCUGAAGAUUGCCGGCACAAUGGUAUUUCAGGCGGUUGGGAAACUACUAGGCAAGCACAGCAAUAAAAUAAAAAAGAAGGCAGCAGCCGAAAGCGAGAAGCUCUACCUGGAGCCGCGAUACACAGGGGCUCGAAUACUAGAUGCUGAUGUCCUAAUGCUGGUGGCAUUACCCAAAGGACUCAAUGUAGACGAAUGGCUGGCCAGUAACGCCUCUGCCUUCUACAACCAUGUCAGUCUCAUGUAUGGUUCUAUAUCCGAAUUCUGCACAAUAUCAUCUUGUCCAACAAUGAAGGCCUGGUCAACGCAAAUUCAGUGGACGGAUGAGAAAGGGCGCAAGAGGAAAUGCUCGGGCCCGCAAUAUGCGGACUAUGCUGCCAGCAUCAUUCAGAAAAUCCUGACAGAUGAAGACUUGGUUCCUACUAAACAAAGCAAAGAGUUUCCAAAAUCCUUCAAACCGGCAAUCCAGAAGACCUUCCGACUCCUUUUCCACCUCCUGGGCCACAUCUACACGUGUCACUUCAGAACGGUGGUGAACCUUGAACUGCACCCCCAUCUCAACACCCUGUACCUGCACCUUCUCCUCUUUUGUGCAGAAUUUCACCUCCUGGAUUCCAAAGAAAUGGCCUUAAGUGAGGACUUGACCACAGCCUUAAUACAUUCCAGUCCAGCCCCCCGAACCUCAGGAAGCCGUUCCCGUAACACAUGAACCACCUCCACAGAUGGGCUUCUUAUUGUUGUCUACAUAUACUGCCACCGGGACUUGUUACCAUUAUGAAUAUAGCAAAAUCUAUCAUUUCCCAGUGUAAUCCAAUUUGGUCCGUGGCACCUUGAGCACAGCAGCUUCUGUUUGCCAAACUAAAGGUUACAAAGUACAAUAAUAGACCCGUUGCAGAGCAUUCUGGGAGAUGUAGAAGAAGGCUGCUCUGCCGCAUAGCACAAUGCUGGUUCGUGCUGACUACACCCACCAAGUGCAUUAAGCAGAAACCAAACGUGUACGCAUCGAUUCACGAAAUCUGCUAAGACAAGCAGAGAAUGGACAGUGCUCUCAGAGACAUUUCACGUGUUACCGGGCAGAGAACGGUGGGGGCCACGGUGUUUUGUGCAACCAACACUGGAUGAUGAAUAGAGACUUUUACAUGUAUAUUUUGCAAAGGUCAGAAUAUCCAGAAUGGGCACCUUUUUUUCUUUAUUUUUAUUUUUUAUUAUAUUUGUUCAUUUCCUAUUUUAAGGACAUGCUGACAGUUACAUGUGUAUUUUACUUCAGGGGAUAUGUUACUUUUUAUUAAGAAAAAAAAAACGCACUUAACUUUUGUAAUUUAUUCAUUUAAGUAAAAGAAAAAAAUCUUUAUAUAAAAUAUCA